AUGGAUGCUAAUCAAGGCCCAGGCCAGGGCAGCCCAGAAAGCCCAAACCGGGCCGUGGAGUACCUUCUUGAACUCAACAACAUCAUUGAGAGCCAGCAGAAGCUUCUAGAAACUCAACGGCGCCGGAUUGAGGAGUUGGAGGUCCAACUGGACCGGCUCAGCCAGGAGAACAAGGACCUGCGUUUGGACCGGCAACCUGUCGCUCCUCCUCCACCUGCUCCUCCACCCGAGCCUCCUCUCCCUCCUCCUCCUCCGCCGCCUCCGCCCACUCAGUCCACAUCCACUUCCAUGUCUACCAAGAACCACCACCACCACAACAGCCAGCAGCACCACCACUCCUCCACCCACCACUCCUAUAACAGCACCAGUACAACCACUAUCCAUGUUCCCGCUCCGAUCUCCAUCUCGGUCCCGACCCAAAUCCCAGUUCCGAUCUCCUCCCCGGGCCCGGCUCCGCCUCCCCCUCCUCCGAUCCCACCCAGGGAUCAGCCGCGGGCCCACAGCCGGCUGACCCGGGCGCCCUCCACCAGCACCGGCACCAACACCAACUUUGUGGAGAAAGAGAAGGAGCGACUCGAGCGCCUGCACAGAACAAACGCCGCCAACAACCACCACGCCCACACGCUCCACCACCACAAAUCUGUUUGUAGGUUUCAGCAGCACAUGAACUCACCUCAGACUAUCACUGUCAACCACACACACAGAGCUGCCUGA